AUUAGAUCAGUGUUCAUGAGAACAUCUGUAGGCACACAUACACACUCUCUUUACACUCAGCCUUCUGCUUGCCAGUCAUAGUGCGCAGGCAGUGAAUCAUCCCCAGGUGCUGACAAUUAAUACCUGGUUUAGCGGCAAAGAUUCAGAGAGGCGUGAGCAGCCCCUCUGGCUUUCAGAAUGAAGAUGAAAAGGAGAUGUGUUUAGGAACCGUCUCUGCUUCCCUAAAAGAACCCUAAAAACAGUAGUAAAAACAGUGAAGAAAACAAAGGGCCUUUAAAGUGCACUCAUUAAAACCUAAUAACUGUAUUUCAAUUACUAAAUGUAGAAGUGGUAAAAAUCAUUAACAGGCAAUGUCUCCCCUGCACUCGAGGGAUUCAAAGACCCAUCUUUCGGUUCUGUAAGACAGUUACGGCUUUUGUAACCUCGGUGACCCCUUCAACCUCCCGCCCCAAGCACCUCCGAGGUCCUCAGGGGUGUAAUUUUGAGUCGCGCUCCUAAGCAUCCAGACAGGCAGUGCACCGUAACGACAUCUCUGCCGGGAAUCCCUUCAGACUGCGGUCUCCAAACAAAAAUCUACUUGCCAUCAGAAAAUAUGUCUCUGCAGAUGGUAACAGUCAGUAAUAACAUAGCCUUAAUUCAACCAGGCUUCUCACUGAUGAAUUUUGAUGGACAAGUUUUCUUCUUUGGCCAAAAAGGCUGGCCCAAAAGAUCCUGCCCCACUGGAGUUUUCCACUUGGAUGUAAAGCAUAACCAUGUCAAACUGAAGCCUACAAUUUUCUCUAAGGAUUCCUGCUACCUCCCUCCUCUUCGCUACCCAGCUACUUGCACAUUCAAAGGCAACUUGGAGUCUGAAAAGCAUCAAUACAUCAUCCAUGGAGGGAAAACACCAAACAAUGAGCUUUCAGAUAAGAUUUAUGUCAUGUCUAUUGUUUGCAAGAACAACAAAAGGGUUACUUUUCGCUGCACAGAGAAAGACUUGGUAGGAGAUGUUCCUGAAGCCAGAUAUGGUCAUUCCAUUAAUGUGGUGUAUAGCCGAGGGAAAAGUAUGGGUGUUCUCUUUGGAGGACGCUCAUACAUGCCUUCUACCCACAGAACCACAGAAAAAUGGAAUAGUGUAGCUGACUGCCUGCCCCAUGUUUUCCUAGUGGAUUUUGAAUUUGGGUGUGCUACAUCAUACAUUCUUCCAGAACUUCAGGAUGGGCUAUCUUUUCAUGUCUCUAUUGCCAAAAAUGAUACCAUCUAUAUUUUAGGAGGACAUUCACUUGCCAAUAAUAUCCGGCCUGCCAACCUGUACAGAAUAAGGGUUGAUCUUCCCUUGGGUAGCCCAGCUGUGAAUUGCACAGUCUUGCCAGGAGGAAUCUCUGUCUCCAGUGCAAUCCUGACUCAAACUAACAAGGAUGAAUUUGUUAUUGUUGGUGGAUAUCAGCUUGAAAACCAAAAAAGAAUGAUCUGCAACAUAAUCUCUUUAGAGGACAACAAGAUAGAAAUUCGUGAGAUGGAGACCCCAGAUUGGACCCCAGACAUUAAGCACAGCAAGAUAUGGUUUGGAAGCAACAUGGGAAAUGGAACUGUUUUUCUUGGCAUACCAGGAGACAAUAAACAAGUUGUUUCAGAAGCAUUCUAUUUCUAUACAUUGAAAUGUGCUGAAGAGGAUAUGAAUGAAGAGCAAACAACAUUCACAAACAGUCAGUCAUCAACAGAAGAUCCAGGGGAUUCCACUCCCUUUGAAGACUCCGAAGAAUUUUGUUUCAGUGCAGAAGCAAAUAGUUUUGAUGGUGAUGAUGAAUUUGACACCUAUAAUGAAGAUGAUGAAGAAGAUGAGUCUGAGACAGGCUACUGGAUUACAUGCUGCUCUACUUGCGAUGUGGAUAUCAACACUUGGGUGCCAUUCUAUUCAACCGAGCUGAACAAACCCGCCAUGAUCUACUGUUCUCAUGGGGAUGGGCACUGGGUCCAUGCUCAGUGCAUGGAUCUGGCAGAACGCACUCUCAUCCAUCUGUCAGCAGGAAGCAACAAGUAUUACUGCAAUGAGCAUGUGGAGAUAGCAAGAGCUCUACACACUCCCCAAAGAGUCCUACCCUUAAAAAAGCCUCCAAUGAAAUCCCUCCAUAAAAAAGGUUCUGGAAAAAUCUUGACUCCUGCCAAGAAAUCCUUGCUUAGAAGGUUGUUUGAUUAGUUUUGCAAAAGCCUUUCAGAUUCAGGUAUAUGGAACUUCUGAACCUAUUUUAAAAAUCAUAACAUUGAUUUUAAAAAUAUGUUUUUAUUUUUGUUUAUUUAAAAUGCCUGUUUUCUUUUAGUUACAUGAAUUAAGGGCCAGAAAAAUGUGUUUGUAAUGCAAUGAUAAAUAAAGUCACUCUAGAACCUAUACAUUUUGAAAAUAUUUUACCCAAAUACUCAAUUUACUAAUUUAUUCUUAACUGAGAAUUUCUGAUCUGACUUUUUUUAUUCAACAAAGCUUAAACACCCAGAAGCAGUAAUAAUCAUCAAGGUAUGUUUAUAUUUCUUAUAUGAGUCUUGGUAACAAAUAACCUAUAGAGUGGUUAUGACAAAUUUAGCCAAUAAUGAAAUUAGCACACAAAAGAAUUAAUUAUUUUGUGUAAUAUAACAAUUUGGCAGUUGGCCAAAACUUAAAAGCAAGAUCAACUACAUCCCACACCAGUGUUCUUUAUAUACAUUCAAGCAACCCCUUGGUUUAUGCUUAUGAACAAGUUAGUUCCUCAUAGACUUACAGAUGUAGAUAUAAAUAUAAAUAUACAUAUACAUAUACAUAUAUCUAGAUAAUGUUCUCCACUGACAUGAACGAAGAAAUAAAGAAUUUACAUCAA